AUGCGUUAUGUCAAAGGCUUAGGUCGCAAAGUUCAGGGAUUUGACGAAGAAACAUGGGUCGCUGCGCGGGAGAAGAUCGUGCUUGAAGGCAACCUACUCAAAUUCCAACAAAACCCCGAAAUAAAAGAGAAAUUGAUGGCCACUGGAAGCAAGCACAUCGUAGAAGCUAGCCCAAGAGAUAGGAUAUGGGGAAUUGGGUUUGGAGAAAAGAAUGCCAUGGGACAAAAAGAACGCUGGGGGCUUAAUUUAUUGGGCAAAGCUCUCGAAAAAACGCGAAAAAGAGCACAACUCGCGGUCAAGGCGCUUAAUAUCGUAGCGGCGAACAAGCCUACCACCGAUGUGUGGGCUAACCGAAUAGAAAACAUCGCCGACAGUGGCUCAACGAACACCCAUCUAAGCCCGGAGCUGUGGCCAGAGAUUGGUCAACAACCCAAGGUUACAGUGGGCACCGUGGCAGGGUCAUCGCGCCGCACAGUGACAACAACAGGGUCGACGGAGGGCGGGGGACGGUCAAUGUCAUCCACAGCGCGUGUCCAGAGUGGAAUCGCCCAGAGUCGGAAUAAUAUCAACGUUUCAGAAUCGCAGAAAGUAAAGGGUCAACAACAACAACCCAGCUUGAUAACGGAGACAAUAACUACCACUACCCGCUCCACUUCCCCCUCUACAUCUUCAUCGUCGCAGGCACCCAAAUCUGCGUGGAAUGUCCCACUAGUGCCCACAGUAACCAAACCGCAACAUGAGCAGCCCAUACCGAGAAUCGUUCUAGCAUCGGCGGACGAACAGGAGAGUCAGACUAGCAUGGGCCCAAGCACAAGCAGUGGCGGAGGCAAGAUCAUCUUUGGCACCAUCCGCCCUCUUUCACCACCACCGCCUACAAUACCGGCAUCGGUAUCCUCACCAUCACCGUCGACAUCUGCGUCGUUGGGAACACCAACUUUUGUUUCGAGCACGAGCAUUCCUUUCAUUAUCGGAGCUGCGUCAAGCACGGUCAAAUUGAAAUCGAGGACAAGCAGUGGGUCGCUGAAUACAAAAACGAGGGCGCGUCUUUCAUCUAUCACCAGUAUAGGCGACAGUACGAAUACGAGUAAUGUCGGAUCCUCCUCGGAAUUUGGAUACACCAAAAAGUGGAAGUUUGGGACUACGAGUCGGGGUGGUACGCCUCCUCCUGUGCUGCUUUCGGUGUCGUCAUCUGCUACAUCGUCAGAGGAUGCUUCCGCGUCUGCAUUGUCGUCUGCAACGGCGACUACAACACCGUCAGUAUCGGUUUCAGUGUCAGUGGGGACUUCGGCGCCUUCGUCACCGUUGCCUCCACCAUUGCCAUUAGAGUUGGAUGACGAUAUGCGAGUGCGUGAUUUUGGAUAUGGGUUUGGGCAAACACCGCAAGGGGAGAGAGUGCAGGGUGAUAAGGAAAACGAAAACAAGGCACGGGAAGAGGGACAGGAACCCAAUCGGAACGAGGAUCAAAGUUUGAACCAGCAGCCAUACCCACACCCUUACUGGGCACCAAAUCCAAAUGCAUAUCACCUCCCGUAUCCUCAGCAGUAUCCGUUUCUACCGCUGCCUCCGCAACACUACCAGGGAGCCACGGCCACGUCGCCUCCGCCACCGCCACCGUUGCCAUUGCCGUUGCAGAGGGCAUCUGUUGAAGAAGCGUCUUCCCCAAGGCAGGUGCCAGUACCUAUUCCCCUGCCCAACAACUACUACGUACCGCCUGAACAAAUGGGAGCGUAUCCACACCUAUAUUCCCCACCUGGUCCCCCCUACCCUUAUUCCAACCAGUUGAACCCGCCUCCGGGAAUGGGUGGUGGAAGAGGACGACGCGGCUAUGGAGGACGUGGAGGACGUGGAGGUGCACGUGGAGAUGGCUUCUAUGGACAUGCUUAUGCGGAUCGCGAACGCGGUGGGUAUGAACGAGAGCGGGAAAAGGAAUUCGUGAGGGGUGGAGGAGACCGGGAAAGAGGGUUUGGCGGGAACAGGGACAGGGAGUUCGGUAGGGACAGAGAGACAGGCAGAGACUUCGGACGAGGUUCAGGCCCGCGACGAGGUCGUGGCCGUGGAUAUGCUGGCGGUGGCGGCGAGCGAGAACGAAAUCGCGCAGAACACUACUUUACUGCCGACAGGCGUGCAUACUCGAGCAACUCGAAUGGGAGCAGUGUGAGUGAGGCGCGAGCACCGCCAUUUGUGGUUACACCACCACCGCGGUUUGUACCCCUCCCGCUCCCACUACCUCAUCAGCCGCUGGCAAUGCGAUAUCCUCCUCCUCCUCUGCCGCCGCCGCCCGGGUUUGCACCUCCGCCGCGGCCUAUUUUGCAGUCUGGAUUUGUCCCUCAGCAACAGCAGCUAGAGGGACCACCGUCGAACGGGUACAAUGUGCCGCUCCUCCAUCCCCACCCACAAUAUUCCUCCUCCCCAUCGCCGCCGUCACUGCCCAACCCAUCUUCAGUAGCGCAUCCCCAGGGUCCUCGGCAGCUUUCUCCGCUUUCACAGACAGUCUCGGUCGGAGAUGCUUCGUCGAGCAGGAGUCCAGUUGAUGAAAAGUCUACUGGGCAACACACAUCUGUGACGCCAUCUUCACCGCUACCGAAGACGAUGUCGCCACAACCACUGCAACCUCCCAAGACCCAACCACAUCACCAUCCAGCACCGCCUCCUGUUCCAGCGCCUUUGACACCGAUUCCGUUCCCUCUUGAUCCGACGCGAUACUGGCUUCUUGGACAAUUGGAGUAUUAUCUCAGCCCGCAGAAUAUGGCACAUGAUAUAUUUUUGAGGCGUAAUAUGGACAGUAAAGGGUGGAUUCCAAUAGAGUUGAUUGCGUCGUUCAAUCGAGUCAAGACUUUGACUAUGGACGUGGCGCUUGUCAGAGAUGUGCUUGCGCUUUCGAGUAUUGCGCAGGUGCGGAGAGGCGGUGCCGCUGCUUUGAGCGGCGAUGAUGUUGUUGAAAGCAAGGGCAAAGAGGAGCAAGGGGCGGAUAACGAAGAUAAAAGCGCGAAAGAGGGUCUUGGAGGAAGAGUGGACGCCAAUGUAACGCCCAAUGUUGCGGUGGGGUGGGUGCGUAUGCAAGGUUGGGAACGGUACGUCUUGCCCGAUGCGAGGCCUAGUACUGUUCCGGAACAGGAGGAGGAAAACGGCGUCGGAGGAUAUGGGUAUACUCAAACUUUAGGGUACGGCGCGCCUUAUGGAAACGCUUUGUAUGGCCUGUCACCGCCACCACCACCACUUCCACUUCAUCCUGAGUAUAGUCUCGGGCCAAGUGUGGCGUAUGGUUAUGGGCAACCUCCCUUUCCUCCUCGUAUGAUAGAUCGGCAUGCUGGGCAUGCAGUAGGCUGGGAAGAAAACCCAGCCGGUAGGCAUCAUGGACUUGAUGGAGGGUUCUGGAGGCCGCCACCUGUAGGAGGAUUCAUACCAGGGACAGUGAAUGGUCAUGGAUACGGCUACGAGCAGAACAUGGGACAGGUCAGGAUGGAAGCACUUCAAGUGGAAGGACCAGGCGCAAAACCUGUCAAUGGACACAGCCAAGAUACUCCAAUGGAAAAAGUUAGUGUGGGGGCGGAUGAGCUAGCUGUGGGAGUGGAGGGCCUGCGUCUAGGCGAUGAUGGAUCCCAGGUCAGUCCCGGACACGUAAAUGUCAAAGAUAAAGAGACUCCUUCGACAAAGAAGGGUCAUCGAGAGGAAGGUGACGAGCCGGAGGAUGAGGAUGAAGAAGAGGACGAGGAGGACAUUAUCUUUGUCAUGGGCACCCAAAGCAACGUCUCGUGGGUCUCAUGA